AUGCCUAAUUACAAGUUUUCUGUUCAAGAAAAAGUGGAGCUGGUGAAGCAUCACCAUCAAGGACUGACGUACCGGGAAAAUAGAGAUCAUUUCGCGGCUGCCCACCCGGAUCGACCGAUACCGUCCAUCGCGACAAUCAGGAACAUGGUCCUGAAGUUUGAGCAAACUGGGAGUGUCGACGAGAGGACGAAGAAAGUGGUCCAGCCAAACCGGCAACUAAGUUGGGAUACCAAGCUGGACAUCUGCUUGACCAUCGAAGAGGAUCCCUUCAAGCCAACCAGCCAUGUUGCACAGGAGCUUGAGAUUUCCAAGGCGUCGGUCAGAAGAGUGCUGCGUGAAGCUAAGUACAAAUCGUACAAGUUUCAAGUACAUCACGAACUCUUGGUUGGUGAUGGCGAUAAUCGUCUUCGCUUCAGCCAAGAGAUGAUGGAACGUCUGAAUGCAGAUGAGGGCUUGUUGAGUCGCAUUUGUUUCUCCGAUGAAAGUACGGUGAUACUUCUCGGAAAACCCAACAGGCAGAACACCAGAGCCUGGUGCCGAAGCAACCCUCGUCUGUUCAUUCAGGCCGGCACGCAGUACCCGUUGAAGCUCAACGUCUGGCUCGGCGCCAUUGGUAAUCGGCUGAUCGGGCCAUUUUUCAUCGAUGGGAACCUCAACGGUGAAAAGUAUCUUCGGUUACUUAGGGACCACAUCGUACCAGCUCUUAGGCUGAUUGAAGAAAUCGGCGAACCUGUUUGGUUUCAGCAGGAUGGAGCCCCGGCUCACUUUACACGAGCCGUCCGGGAUUACCUCGACCAAGAGUUCCCUGGACGUUGGAUCGGUAGAGGAAGCCCGGAGGUGGAAUGGCCAGCUCGUUCCCCUGAUCUCGCCCCUCUGGACUAUGGCUUGUGGGGCCAUUUGAAAAAUGUUCUCUAUGCACAAGGUAGAAUUGAAGGCCUUGCAGCACUGCAAGCCAGAAUUUUGGACAUUCUGCAGAACCUGUCGCCAGAUGUUAUAUCGAACACAACAAAUGCAUUUUACGAUCGGCUCGGUUACUGCGCUGCAGCUGCUGGAGGGCAUUUUGAGCAUUUAUUGAAAGGGAACCAGUGGCCAGAUGAUCAUGGGUGA